CGGAAUUAUUACUUAUACGUAUUUGCGCCAUUUGGGUAUCCGGAAUUGAAAAAUAUAAUAUCCUCAAUUCUCUUUGUCAUGAUAUGUUUCUGACGAGGGCUGUGUAUUUUCUUGUCUGUAAGUCAUUCUCUCUGCCAGCUACAAACCAUUUUCAUAUUAAAUCCAAUGUAACAUAUCUUCAAGACAACAGUCAGAAUAACCAGUUGAAUUAUCAGGACUGAUAUUAAGUCGUUCAAGUGUCUGUCGGGAUGAUUCAAGAACGCAUACUGAAAAUCCCAAUGGAAUUGUCAUAUUUGUGUGCAUAUGAAGAAGAUAAUGAUAAUGAAUGAUACCUGCGGCGGCAAUAAACUACACAAUAUUGUCAAAAUUACACUGCGCGCAAACAGUUUCACUAUCAACGGAGAAUCGGGCCAUAUUCCCACCGUGAUCAUGAGAAUUCUGUUUUGCUUGUAACAACCAUUAGUGAAAACAUCCAUGUGUCUUGAUCACCUCUUCGUCCACCAGAGUGCAAGGGAUCUCGUCAACGCGCCACCUCCACUCCUUCUCGACAUUGCGUGCGAGUAAAAACAAGUCGAAUGCAUUAUCUUCGAGUUCGUACAAAUGAGCACCUUUACAUCAACAUUUGUCCAUCAUGACAAUGUGAGCGAAACUAGUUGUUGAAAGUACGAGCUGCUAAGUGCUUCCAGAAUUCUACGAAUACUAAAUGAAUCAUCGUUACCGCGGUAGUCACAAUGAUCUGAUGACUUGAGGCAAUUUCCAAUGUAGAAGGUGACCCUCAGUGGUGCUGCACUAUUCACAGGUCUGAGUGUCUACCAGGGGAACGAAAAAUUCUACGAUGAAGUUGUGAUGCCCCUGGUGAGGUUAGUGGACCCAGAAGUGGCUCACAAUCUUGCUGUGACAGCUGCCAAGUACGGUUUGACACCCUCGCAAAAAAACCCCGACCCUGCAGCCCUCAAAACCUCAUUAUGGGGACUGAACUUCAAUAAUCCUGUGGGGAUGGCGGCUGGAUUCGAUAAGCAGGGAGAAGCUGUUCAGGGGCUGACAAAGAUGGGUUUUGGAUUCGUCGAAAUAGGUUCAGUUACACCAAACCCUCAGCCUGGCAAUCCCAAACCCCGAGUAUUUCGUCUGCCUGAGGACAAAGCAGUCAUAAAUAGAUAUGGAUUCAAUAGUGAUGGUCACGAGGCAGUUUACGAGCGCUUGAAAACCUUGAGGAAUGAUCCAACAUUCACAGGAAUCAUCGGUGUAAACUUGGGAAAGAACAAAACCUCGGAGGACUCCAUAAGCGAUUACUCCCAAGGAAUUAGAAAAUUCUCAGACGUAGCAGACUAUCUGGUGAUUAAUAUCUCCAGUCCGAAUACUCAGGGGUUGAGGAACCUGCAGAGUAAAAAAAAUCUUGAGGAGUUACUGAUUAAAAUUAACGAAGUGAGAGAGUCGAUGGAGCGAAAGCCCCCUCUUCUCCUCAAAUUAGCACCAGAUCUGACGGAUUCAGAGUGCCAGGACAUUGCGGAUGUUAUUCAGAAGAAUAAAUCGAAGGUUGAUGGGCUGAUUCUAUCCAAUACUACUGUCUCUCGAGGAAAUUUGGUGGGCGAGAGCAGGAGUGAGACUGGGGGACUCAGUGGAGCUCCUUUAACCGACAAAUCAACACUCAUGAUUGCUGAUAUGUAUAAGAGGACGAAAGGGAAAAUUCCUAUUGUUGGAGUUGGUGGGAUUUUCGAUGGCAACGAUGCUUACGAUAAAAUCAAAGCUGGUGCCUCGCUUGUGCAGAUUUACACGUCUUACGCUUAUCAUGGGCCUCCUAUUGUGCAGAGGAUUAAGAGGGAGCUGGAUGGAUUGAUUACUCGUGAUGGACACUCCAGUGUUGCUGAUGCUGUUGGGGGGGGAGAUAAAAGAUGAAUUGUUUCAUUGAUUUGUAUUGUAAAAAAUGUGUAUAUUGAAUAUUUUGUUUUUGAAUAUCAAUGAGAGCGCUUGGAGUAUUUGGGUUCUUCUGUAAUUCAUUUACCUGG